AUGUUCGACCCGUUGCUCCAGUCCAACUCGGGAACCAGGGGUUGUAGAGCGUUCGUCUGCGCCUUGACGGCGGACAACAUCAGAGGGGGUCUCCCGGUUCAUCUUCGAACUUACGCAAGUGAAUGGAACCAGACACCCAAUUGCAAGAUAUGGAAAGCAGCACGGGCUACAAGCGCAGCUCCGACGUUCUUCAAGGGCGUUAGCAUAAAGGGCGAGAAUGGUAUUUUGAUGAGGUUCGUCGACGGAGGAAUAGCAGUCAAUAACCCCACGGAGCGCGUCCUCGCUGAAGCCCAAAGCCUGUUCCCUGAUGGACAUCUCUCAUGCAUUCUCAGCAUAGGAACUGGCCAGGGCAAAACCAUCGCAAUGGCCGAAAGCAGCGUGAUAAAAAAUAUGAUCAGCCGGGAUGUGCAGCUGACAGACACGGUCAAGAAGAUGGCCACGGACUGUGAAGUAGUCGCGAACGACAUGUCGAAUCGGUUUGCUCCGCAUCCAGGGGUGUACUUUAGGUUCAACGUAGAUCAGGGAACGCAGGAUAUUGGGCUGGGGGAACACGCAAAGUUAAGCGAGCUUGCAGCGCACACGAGUGCGUAUUUGAGGUUGCACGAGAAUGACAUGAGGGCGAACCGGGUUGCUGCUGCUUUGAAGAGUACACGUCCGUGGGCGACGUUGCCGAUAUCCGAUAUUGCGCGUUGA